UUGACAUGACGUAUUCAUCUUGAACGAUAUAAUUUAUAUAAGGUAUGUGUGAAGUAUUCCCCAAUCGCAUGAUGAAUAACAUAUUAAAAUUAAAGUUAAAAAGCUUCAUCUACUACUCAGAUAUCAGCAGGUAUAUAUUUAAUGGAAUUAACACUAAUAGUCACACCAUAAGCUCAUUUUCUGGAGUUUGUACGCACAAGAAGGCAGAUGAAAACUCCAAGAAAAGCGCAUCUAAUAUCUCAAGUUCAAAUUCAAGUAUGAAUAGAAUUAAUGGAAAUAGAAAGUCUACAGGGACAAGAUCUACUACAUCUGCAGAAAAUGAAAAAGAUAAAAAUUGUAAACACUCAACUGUAUCAAAAAAUACCCGAAAUAUCAAUGAAGAUCGUAUUGGAAAAUCGGCUGCCAAGACUAAAAAUGUAAUUCCUUUUAUUAAAGUAAUAAGACAUGAGCAAAUAUCGAAAUCAACUCCUUUCACCAACUCUCCUUCUACAAUAGAAACUAAGAUCAAAGAAGAUGUAACAACAACAUCAGCUUCGACAAAAACUACAGUUUCCGAAGAUUCAGAAUCAACUGAAAUAGAGGUGAAGGUACCCCUAGACACUUCUCAAAAAGUAUCUUCUACUAUGCCGUUGCCAACUCCAAUUAUUUUUUCGGAAAUUCAAAGAAAAAAAUCAACAGAUACGUCUUCGCCCUCUCAAGAUGAAACUUCUGAUUCUGAAUCUAAACAUGAAGAUUGUAAUGCCAAUGAAACAUCUCCAGAUUCUGAAAACUCUCCGACAGCACCUGCAGUAAACUCUAUCUCAGAAGUUCCAGGGUUGUCAGCUAAUGUUGUGAAGGUUCCUGAUCAUCCUGUUGGACCCAAGGCAGCAAAAAAUUCAACCUAUAAAAAUCCUGAAUAUUUUUGUUAUCAAAAAUACAGUUUCAAUGAUGCAUUAGUUGAGUUAUCAAAAUUCAGGUUACCUCAACCAUCCAUCCACGAGCAAUACUAUCACGAAUGCAAAUAAAGAUAUCAAAAAAAAAAACAUUAAAACAAUAGAUUUAAUUUAUUUCGUAUUAAAUAAGUACUCUCUCCAUUUCUCUGAAUGAAAUAUAUAGAUGUGGUGGAUGUACAUAAUUUUCUGAAGAUAUAUUACUAGUAUUAAUAGUGAAAAAUCAAUUCAAUUAUCACAAACAACAGAUUUCUGGAUAUAAAUAAGAUCGCGUGUGGUUGGUUUCUUAUCAAAGUGUCAAAAUUAUCCCUUUUUAUAGCUUUCUGGACUUCCUUUCGGAAAAUUGUUAUUUUGAAUGGAAACUAAGAAGAUAGUUAGCUGGUAUUAUGGUAUCAACUAACAUUGGUCCACGAAGUUUGGUGUUUUGUGUAAAACUCAACUGCAAUCCUGAUAACAAAGUUAGCAAAAGAAAAACAUUUUGGUGAAUACCGGAGAAAUGUUCCUUUCGAAGAUGUGAUAUUCGAGACAGAAGAACGACUUGUGAUAAAUAAGAAACAAAUGUUCCAAGUUAUGAAGGUAAAUAGGAACAUCACUGAAACGCAGUAAAUACAAUUAGAAAUUUAACAAAUAAAACAACAACAAAAUAAAACAACUCUUAUUCAAAGAGAUCGUAAAAACAGAAGGGGAAAGAGUGAAGUUUCUGGAACUAACUUGAAAAAGGAGAAAAUAGGCUUCAAUCAAACUUAUGGGAGAAGAAUGGAGAACUAAUAGUAAAGAGAGAGAAAGACUACAUUGGAUGAGAUGAGGAGGUGUGAUAGAAAGGGGCCGUUAUGGACCAGGUUUUCAUGACUUUAAAAUUACUUCAAGUAAAAGAAACAACGAUCUACUCAUUCCCUAUCAUUUAUUGUAACUAUUAUUUUUGGUUAAGUAUAUUAAAUUGAAUGGCAAUUAAAUAGAUUGAUGGACUCAAUGUUAUCAAUUCUC